UCCUCCCUCCACCUCUGUGCUGGUGAUGCUCGUGUCUCUUUUCUCUCCAUCCGGUUUGUCCUCACCUCUCCUGGACGCACUCCUCUCACACUGCCAGCGGAUGACACACGAGGAGGAGGAGGAGGAAGAGGAGACAAGGAGAAGCUGCUGUCUCUUCUCUCCCGUCUUUCCAUCACUUUAAAAAGAAAAGAGAGAGAGAGAGAGAGAAAAAGAGCAGACCAGACCAGAGCAACAACCAAAAGAAAGGACACACAGGAUAUACAUACAUAUAUAAAAGAAACCCUACUCUUCUCCAUUCUCCUUUUCAAGGAGGGCAUUUUUCUUCCCUUUCCCCCCCUUUCCUUUUCUACCCCGAUUUUUUCCUCUGAGAUCCCGGUUUUGUCAAUUACAGCCCCUGAACUUCUCUGGGAUUUCAGGUGAGGCACGCGUGUGUAGUGUGUGGUGCUUCUACAUUUUUUUAUUACCUAUCAUGGCUCACGCGGCCUCCCAAUUGAAGAAGAAUCGGGGGGAAGUGGAUGUGAAUGCAAUAGAGGACGAGAAGGAGAAGCGGAGGAAGAGCAGGAGAGCAACGUCCCGGGAACAAAAGAGAAAGUCUGACAGUAAUGCCAGUUACCUGCGAGCUGCCCGGGCAGGGAACCUUGAAAAGGUCCUUGACUACCUCAAGUCUGGGGUGGAAAUCAACAUUUGCAAUCAGAAUGGUCUGAACGCUCUUCAUCUAGCCUCCAAAGAGGGGCAUGUAGAGGUUGUUGCUGAGCUGCUGAAGCUUGGAGCCACUGUGGAUGCAGCCACAAAGAAAGGAAACACCGCUCUGCACAUAGCCUCGCUGGCUGGCCAAACGGAAGUCGUCAAAGAGCUGGUCACCAAUGGAGCCAAUGUCAACGCACAAUCUCAGAAUGGCUUCACUCCUCUGUACAUGGCAGCCCAGGAGAAUCACCUGGAGGUGGUGCGGUUCCUUUUGGAGAACAGCGCUAGCCAGAGUAUGGCCACUGAGGAUGGCUUCACCCCUCUGGCGGUGGCCCUCCAGCAGGGCCAUGACCAGGUGGUCUCCCUGCUACUGGAGAACGAUACAAAGGGCAAGGUACGCCUGCCUGCCCUGCACAUCGCCGCCCGCAAGGAUGACACCAAGGCCGCGGCCCUGCUUCUGCAGAACGACCACAACGCGGAUGUUGAGUCCAAGAUGAUGGUGAAUAGAACAACAGAGAGUGGUUUCACCCCCCUCCACAUCGCCGCUCACUAUGGCAACAUUAAUGUGGCCACGCUUCUGCUGAACAGAGGGGCUGCCGUGGACUUUAUGGCUCGGAAUGACAUCACACCACUUCACGUGGCUGCAAAAAGGGGCAACAGCAACAUGGUCAAGCUGCUCCUGGACAGAGGGUCCAAAAUUGAUGCAAAGACCAAGGACGGUCUGACACCGCUUCACUGUGGGGCGAGGAGCGGACACGAGCAGGUGGUAGAAAUCCUACUAGACCGAGGAGCACCUAUCCUAUCCAAGACCAAGAACGGCCUGUCACCGCUCCACAUGGCCACUCAGGGGGACCACCUGAACUGCGUCCAGCUUCUGCUCCAGCAUGACGUGCCAGUGGACGACGUCACCAAUGACUACCUGACAGCGUUGCACGUCGCUGCACACUGCGGUCACUACAAGGUGGCGAAGCUCAUCGUGGACAAGAAGGCCAACCCGAAUGCCAAGGCCCUGAACGGUUUCACUCCACUUCACAUCGCCUGCAAGAAGAACAGAGUCAAAGUGAUGGAGCUGUUGCUUAAACAUGGAGCAUCUAUCCAGGCUGUCACUGAGUCUGGCCUGACACCCAUCCAUGUUGCAGCCUUCAUGGGCCAUGAGAACAUUGUUCACGCAUUGACACACCACGGAGCAUCACCCAACACCACCAACGUGCGUGGUGAGACAGCGCUCCACAUGGCAGCCAGGGCAGGGCAGGCAGACGUAGUCCGAUACCUGCUCAAGAACGGAGCCAAGGUGGAGACCAAGUCCAAGGAUGACCAGACAGCGUUGCACAUCUCCAGUCGGCUGGGGAAAGCCGACAUUGUCCAACAGCUGCUGCAAUGCGGUGCCUCUGCCAACGCUGCCACCACCUCAGGCUACACCCCCCUUCACCUGGCUGCCCGCGAAGGACACCAAGAUGUUGCGGCCAUGCUGCUGGAAAAUGGAGCUUCACUCUCCUCCUCAACCAAGAAAGGGUUCAGUCCCCUGCAUGUGGCAGCAAAAUAUGGCAAGAUGGAGGUGGCCAGUCUCCUCCUACAGAAGAGGGCUGCACCUGAUGCUGCUGGAAAGAGUGGGCUAACUCCACUGCAUGUAGCCGCUCACUACGAUAAUCAGAGAGUGGCACUGCUGCUGCUGGAUCAGGGAGCUUCCCCACAUGCUGCUGCCAAGAAUGGCUACACCCCACUCCACAUUGCUGCCAAGAAGAACCAAAUGGAAAUUGGGACCACACUGCUGGAGUAUGGUGCAGACACCAACGCAGUAACACGGCAAGGCAUCAGCCCCAUUCACCUGGCAGCACAGGAGGGCAGCGUGGACCUGGUAUCAUUGCUGCUGGCCAAGAAUGCUAACGUCAACGUGUGCAAUAAGAGCGGACUUACACCACUCCACCUAGCAGCACAGGAGGACAAGGUCAAUGUUGCAGAAGUCCUUCUCAACCAUGGGGCUGAUGUUAACCCACAAACAAAGAUGGGUUACACUCCACUGCACGUGGCUUGUCACUAUGGCAACACAAAGAUGGCAAACUUCCUGCUGCAGAACCGUGCCAGAAUCAACAGCAAAACCAAGAAUGGUUACACUCCUCUACACCAGGCAGCUCAGCAGGGCCACACCCACAUCAUCAACCUGCUGCUUCAGCACGGGGCCUCAGCCAACGAGCUCACCGUGAAUGGGAACACUGCCCUAUCCAUCGCCCAUCGUCUCGGAUACAUCUCUGUGGUGGACACUCUGAGGCCCAUGACGGAUGAAAACCUGACUGCCAUGAGUGCAUCAGAAAAACAUAAGAUCAAUGUCCCAGAGACCAUGAAUGAGUUCCUCGACAUGUCAGACGAUGAAGGUGAGGAUGCGAUGACCGGGGACACGGACAAAUACCUGCGGCCUCAGGACCUCAAAGAGCUGGGGGAUGACUCCCUCCCUCAGGAGGGGUACAUGGGUUUCAGCAUAGGAGCCCGCUCAGCCAGCCUCCGCUCCUUCAGUUCGGAUAGGUCCAACACACUCAACCGGAGCUCGUUCGCACGAGACAGCAUGAUGAUUGAAGAGAUUCUGGCCCCCACAAAGGACACGCUUCAGAGUGUCUGUAAAGACAUUUCCUACUUGGUUGACCCUCUCAAUAAGCAUCUGGCCGUGACGAGAGACUACAGCUCAGAGUGCAUGCGGCGCUACAGCUGGACUCCAGACACCAUGGACCACAGCCACAACACUGUGUCCAGUCCCAUUCAUUCUGGCUUCUCCUCCCCGCUCCCUCAGUAUGACUCCAGGUUCUUGGUCAGCUUCAUGGUGGAUGCCCGCGGCGGCUCCAUGAGAGGCAGCCGCCACAAUGGCAUGCGCAUCAUCAUCCCUCCCAGGAAGUGCACGGCACCCACACGUAUCACCUGUCGCCUGGCCAAAAGGCACAAACUGGCCUACCCACCUCCCAUGGUGGAGGGAGAGGGUCUGGUCAGCCGGCUGGUGGAAGUCGGACCAGCUGGGGCUCAGUUCCUCGGUCCUGUCAUUGUGGAGAUCCCUCAUUUUGGCUCCAUGCGGGGGAAAGAGAGGGAGCUGAUUGUGUUGAGGAGCGAUAAUGGUGAUACAUGGAAAGAGCACCAGUCUGACGCCAGACCAGAGGACCUUGUCGACCUGCUCACUGGGAUGGAUGAAGAGCUGGACAGCCCUGCUGAGUUGGAAAAGAAGCGCAUCUGCCGCAUCGUCACCAGAGAUUUCCCUCAGUAUUUUGCUGUGGUGUCACGGAUAAAGCAGGAGUCUAACCACAUGGGCCCUGACGGAGGCGUGCUGUCCAGCAGCACCGUGCCCAUGGUGCAGGCGUCAUUCCCGCAAGGGGCGCUCACCAAGAGGAUCCGUGUUGGCCUGCAGGCUCAGCCUGUGCCAGACGACAUGGUGAGGGCGGUCCUGGGCAACAGAGCCACCUUCAGCCCCAUUGUCACCGUAGAACCCAGGAGGAGGAAAUUCCACAAGCCGAUCACAAUGACGAUCCCUGUCCCACCUAGAUCGGCGGAAGGCCAUCCCAGUGGCCACCGAGGCGACUCCGCACCUUGCCUACGUCUGCUGUGCAGCAUCACUGGAGGGACGUCCCCUGCCCAGUGGGAAGACAUCACAGGGACCACACCACUGUCCUUUGUUACUGAUUGCGUCUCCUUCACCACAAAUGUGUCGGCCAGGUUCUGGCUCGCAGACUGUCACCAGAUUCCUGAGACGGUGAGUCUAGCGUCUCAGUUAUACCGGGAGCUGAUCUGCGUGCCGUACCUGGCCAAGUUUGUGGUGUUCGCCAAGAUGAAUGACGCUGUUGAGGCUCGGCUGCGCUGCUUCUGCAUGACAGAUGACAAGGUGGACAAGACCCUUGAGCAGCAGGAGAACUUUGAGGAAGUGGCCCGGAGCAAAGAUAUUGAGGUUCUCGAGGGCAAGCCUAUCCACGUGGAUUGCUAUGGCAACCUGUCCCCUCUCACCAAAAGUGGCCAGCAGUUGGUUUUUAACUUCUACUCCUUCAAGGAAAACAGACUUCCUUUCAAUGUGAAGAUCAGAGAUAUGGGCCAGGAGCCAUGUGGCCGCCUCUCCUUCCUGAGAGAGCCAAAAACCUCCAAAGGCCUUCCACAGACUGCCAUAUGCAAUUUGAAUAUCACACUGCCAACCCACAAGAAGGAUAUGGAGUCUGAUCCUGAUGAUGAGACUGAAAAGCCAGAACGACGUCAUACCUUUGCCUCCUUAGCUUUGCGUAAGCGCUACAGCUAUUUGACCGACCCAGCAGCGAAAACAACUGAUCGAGGCUCGCCGAGAACACAGCCUUCUAGCUACCCUCACAAACCUGUCUUUUCAACGAGAUCUUAUCAGGCGUGGUCGCCUGUUCCUGUCGCCGUCCCUGGCCAAGCCAAGUCUGGGUUUGGCUCCCUCUCCAGUUCGUCAUCCAACACGCCCUCUGCCUCUCCAUUAAAAUCUGUCUGGUCCAUCAACUCUGCCUCCCCAAUCAAGACCAACAUCCCUGGAUCACCUGCCUCUUCUGUUAAGUCAGUUAGUGACAUGGCCUCUCCCAUCCGAUCUUACAGAACCAUCUCCUCUCCUAUUAAAACUGUAGUCCAACAAGCCCAGUACCCGGCCCAGGUCACCUCUAGUCCCCUGGCUUCGCCAGGGAAAAGUGCCCCGGACCCUAUAACUAUGAAAGGACUGGCAGCAUUAUCUGCUAGGACCUCCCCUAUAACUGUCUCUGGAGGCGGAAACGCUCUUCUUGAGAGAACAUCCAUAGGCAUGACCCCACCAACCUCUCCCAAAUCUUCUCUGAGUAUGUUCAGUUCACCCCUACCAUACAAGACUGUUGUUGGGGGCUCUAGUGGCACAGCAUCUUCCUCCUCACCCAUAAAAACAGUCCCUGGUCUCUCCUCUGUGCGCUCCUUUGCUUCAGAUGUCACAGGUCCUGCAAGAAACCUGUUCUCAUCUCUUUCGUCACCACUGAAAUCCAACACCUCUCCAAGUGCUGCAGCUCUGAUCAAUGGAACUGUGUCUCCUACACAGUACCGCUCUUCAUCCCCAACAUCUCUUCUCACCAGCAGUCUGCAAGAGAGAAUACAAGCAACCACCAAUGCCGCAACUACAAGUGUCAAUGCAGCCUUUGAUGAGGUUGAAAAAACAUUUAAUUCUUGCUCUGCAGGCUAUGGCACCUUGAAGUCUUUGUCCUCUUCUGCAUCCUCCUCAUAUCAGUCCAUGAGAUCAUCAGCUUCUAGUUCCCUUUAUGCCUCUCUGAGAUCCCCUCCUAAUGCCACCACUGCUGUAACAUCCAGUACAAUGACUGUUCCAGUGUACUCUGUUAUUAACGUGCUACCAGAACACCAGUUUAAAAAGUUACCUGAGGUGUCCAAGUCAGCUGCUGCCCUCCUGUCCCCACGGAAGUCGGUGCCAGCUGAGGUGAAUGCUCAGUUGCAGUCCUCCUUUGCCAGAACUCUUUCCCCCAUCAAAGCUCCUCUUUUUUCUGCUGGCCUGAAAUCAAACACAUCACCACUGUCGUCCAGCCAAGAGAUUCUAAAGGAUGUAGCCGAAAUGAAAGAGGACUUGAUACGAAUGUCAGCCAUUUUGCAGACAGACCCAAAUUCCACAGCCAAUAAAGGAUUUCAGUCUGAUUCUCCCAAAGAGGCAAAGAUCGAGGACGAGGAGCCAUAUAGGAUUGUGGAGAAAGUAAAGCAAGAUUUGGUAAAAGUGAGCGAAAUCCUUACUAAAGAUGCUGUGAAAGAUGGUAAGGUUUCCCUGGCAAGGGGUUCUUUGGAUGACAUACACUUCUCAAAAGUACAGGUUGAACAACCACCAAGCAACUGGAGCUAUCCACCAAGAUAUGAGACUGUGGUUCCUCAAGCCAAAUCAAAAACAAUACCAGAUAGAGAUUUCAAUCUCUCCAAAGUGGUUGACUACCUGGCCAAUGAUGUUGGUAGCAGCUCGUUCUCCAAAAUGCAUGACACAAAGCAUAAAGCAGAUGAGGGUAAGAGAGAAGGAGAGGGCAAGGAGAAGCAGAAACGUGUCCUAAAACCCACCAUAGCAGUUCAGGAGCAUAAGCUCAAAAUGCCUCCAACAAACAUGCGCUCUUCAGCCUCAGACAAAGAGAUCAGUAAAGUAGCAGAUGCACUUUUUGGAGCAGACACUGUGCUAGAAUCCCCUGAUGAUAUCUCACAUGAACAGGAUAAAAGCCCCCUCUCAGACAGUGGCUUUGAGACGAGGAGUGAAAGGACACCCUCUGCCCCUCAGAGUGCAGAAGGCAUGGGUCCCAAGGCUCUUUUUCAGGAUAUCCCAGUUCCACCAGUGAUCACUGAGACAAGGACUGAGGUUGUCCAUGUCAUCAGGAGCUAUGAGCCCCCAGAGGAUAACAAACAGCCUGCAAUGGAGGAUGCACAUCCUGUCAGAUAUAUUGAUUCAGAUUCUAAAGGGCAUCUGAAUCAAGCUACAUCAAGUCCAGAACAGAAUAAAUGCUAUUCAAUAAAAGUCAGCCCAGAUGAGGAUCCAAUGGGAAAAGGGAUGCGGGUAAAGGAGGAGACUCACAUCACUACCACCACCAGGAUGGUUUAUCACAAACCACCUGGCAGAGAAGCAGCGUCUGAAAAGUGUGAGGAGACAAUGUCUGUGCAUGACAUAAUGAAAGCUUUUCAGUCAGGCAAGGACCCUUCUAGAGAGCUGGCUGGACUAUUCGAACACAAGUCUGGCAGUGAGGAAACCUCACCAAGAGUCCUCGAGGACAUCAACUCCAAACCUAAGGUUGAAAGAAUAAUUGAAGUUCACAUUGAAAAAGGCAAUAAAACGGAACCAACAGAGGUCAUCAUCAGAGAGACAAAAAACCACGCAGAGAAGGAAAUGUAUUACUACCCAGGUAAUAGACAGGAGGAGGAGGAGCCUGAGGAAUCACUUCCAGUGUAUCUUGACUCCCCUAGGGUGAACACACCCAUGUCACAAGAGGAAGACAGUCGCCCUAGUUCAGCCCAGCUCAUGGCAGAUGACUCUUACAAAACACUAAAGCUACUUAGCCAGCAAUCUGUAGAGUACAAUGAGGAUGAAUCAUCAGAACUCAGGGGUGAAUCUUACAAUUUUGCUGAGAAAAUGCUACUCUCUGAGAAAUUUGACCAGUCUCAUUCUGACACAGAGGAAUAUCUGAGAGAUAGGUCUCGCUUCCACUCACCAGACAGAAGCAGUCAUAGUGAGGGAAGAUCAGUUGGGCCAAGGACAGAGUAUGUCUUCAGGUCACCGAGAAAUGUGUUUGACAAAUCCGGAAGAAUGGCCAGUGUUGAUGAUAACUUUGACAAGCUGACACUUUUGCAGUAUUCUUCUGAGCCUGGUAGCCCAAAGCAAUCUGUUUGGAUGCGUGUGCCAGAUGACACACAGAACAAGGACAGAGAACAGCUUAUGUAUGAGGACAGAGUGGACAGGACUGUAAAGGAGGCAGAGGAAAAACUCAGUGAGGUAUCUCAGUUCUUUCGUGAUAAAACAGAACAGCUCAAUGAUGAGCUCUCAUCUCCAGAGAAGAAAUCUCGCAGACCAGACUUCAGAGAAUCACGAUCAGGGCCGAGCUCUACACACAGCAGUCCAGAGAGGUCAGCUUACAGAAACGGGGGUAGUGGAGAAGAGUGGAGCAGAGAAAGGCUUAGAGAUAGGUUUAAUGCCAGUGACAGAAAAUGUGCCAGCUUACCCAGCAGUCCAGAGAGGAGAGUACUGCUGCAGUACAGUGAUUCAGAGCCAAGAAAACAAGGAGAUGGUAAAUCACAGGGAAGCACAGGUGAAAGCUCCAAACCUUUUCAGAUGUCUUCCUCCAAAGUGAGUGCAGUGAGGCUGAAAUUUGAGCAAGAGGCUCAAAGGCAAGAUAGGAGUCAUCAGGGUGGCCAAAAUUCAAGUCCUCCAAUUAGGAAACUCCAGGAAAGUAAGCUACCCGUGUAUCAGGUGUUUGCUGGUUCAGAUAUUCCAAAAACACCUGACAGUCCAGGAAACCAGAGGAGAUGUCUAGAUAAUGAAUCAAGUAAGUUCUCACCCAAGCAUAUGACCAGUGGAAAAGAUCAGGAAGAGAAAAAGUUAUUUAAAACUUGGGAGAGCCAAGGCUAUGGGAGCUAUAAACCCCAAUCUCCUAAACUAUCGCAUUCUUUAAUCCAUGAUUCUAAGAAAGAUGGCAAUAAUAGUGAUUCUCAAAGACAAGAAACGACCAAGAAAAUAAUCUACACUGAAUUUGUUGUUCGAGAAAGUCCAAAUAGCAAUGAUAGUCUAAAAAAAAACUCGGAAUCACAAAUUCCUGUUAAAAAGCCAUCUAAUUUCUCCGAAAAUCACAAAUCCACCUCUUUAAAAUUAGAUGCCUCUGUUGAACCAUAUGAGAGGACAGGUUCUCAUAUACCUACUUUAGCUAGAAAUCGGUUACACAGUAGCUCUGAAUCCAACAAGUCUACCUGUGGAUCAUCUCAAGGAAGAUCCACAGACUCAUCAGAUGGCAGCCUGUCAAGCGUAGUGUGUAAUGGUGUUGAUAGCAGCCAAGUAGAGUACUUGGAUCAAGUAACUCCUGUAGUUGUCACAGAGGGUUUCAAAGAUAUUAAACCCUUACCUGUGUAUGUUAGCAUCCAAGUAGGAAAGCAGUAUGAGAAAGAAACAGCUUCGGGGCAGUUGGGAACAUACAAAAAGAUAGUAAGCCAUGAGAGUAGGACAGUGCAUGAAACUAGGGGUGCAUUUUACACUGUCAAACAAAAGCAGUCUCCAUCUCCUCAAGGAAGUCCAGAAGAUGACACUCUAGAACAAGUGACUUUCAUGGAUAGCUCUGGGAAAAGUCCUGUUACCCCUGAGACCCCCAGCUCAGAAGAAGUGAGUCUGACCUCAAGAACACCAGACUCUGUGAUAGGCUUCAUGCCUGGCAUGCCAAGCCCUAUCCCAGAGGAGUCUGAAGAGGAAGAAGGAAAGACCUUCAUCUACAAGGAGCCCUCGAAGGAAAAAUCUAAGCCAGCUUCCUCAGAGAAUCACAGUAAAAAACAGGAUGUGGAGAGACAUAAGUCAAAGGAGAAAAGAGUGGCUUAUAUAGAGUUUCCACCUCCUCCUCCCUUAGAGACAGAACAGUCUGACCCUGAGAAAAGGGGGUCGUGUGCUUCUUCUGAGGCAGAGACAGAGAUGAUGGAGGUAAACCUCCAAGAGGAGCAUGAUAGGCACCUCUUAGCAGAGCCAAUCAUCAGGGUCCAGCCUCCAUCCCCUAUUCCCCCCGGAGCUGAUAACAGUGACUCCAGUGAUGAUGAGUCUGUCUUCCACCCCAUCCCUAUCAAAAAGUACACCUUCAAAAUGAAAGAGGAGGGAGACAAACGACCGAAAAACAAACGAUCAGAGAAAAAUGGAAGUAAUAAAGAGUCUGGGAUCAAUGGUGUUGUAAAGGGGGAAGAUGCUGACUUUGAGCAAAAUGGCAAUGACCAGUCAAUCACUGACUGCUCCAUAGCAACCACUGCUGAGUUCUCCCAUGACACUGAUGCAACUGAAAUAGACUCUUUAGAUGGGUAUGACCUUCAAGAUGAGGAUGAUGGACUGAGCGAAGACCCUAAGACAUCAAGUUUGUCUAAUGAUGGAAAAACAACCGACCGCUCAUUUAGUCAGUCCAAACUUGAAGUGAUAGAAGAAGAAAAAUGUGAAGAAGGUGGGGACAAUGGAAAGACUAAAACUAGCACAUCUUCAGUAAAAAGCAGUGGAGAUGAAAAAGAUUAUACCCUAGAAGGCAGACAUCCAGAUAGGCAGGGCUUUGGAGACAACUACUUUGCUUACCAACUUGAAGAGGAGCUGAAUUCAACCUUUAAAACUGUUGCCACGAAAGGCCUGGACUUUGACCCCUGGUCCACCAAAGGGGGUGAUAAUGAGGGAGUUUUUGAGUCCAAAACAAAAGAGGAGGACCCCAAGCCCUUUGGUUUAUCGGUGGAGGACAAAUCACAGGCUACAACACCUGACACAACCCCCGCUCGAACACCGACUGAUGAGAGCACACCGACUAGUGAGCCUAACCCCUUCCCUUUCCACGAAGGGAAGAUGUUUGAGAUGACCCGCAGUGGUGCUAUUGACAUGAGCAAGCGGGACUUUGUUGAAGAGAGGCUUCAGUUUUUCCAGAUUGGUGAGCAUUCCUCUGACCCUAAAACAGGGGAGAAGGGGAGAGGGGGCAAGAGCCUGGGGGUAAUUUCCUCUCAGUCAAAAACAGGGGAGAGGGCCACAGUAGAUGGGAAGGUGAAUGUUAUAGAUACUACCACAGACAGCAGCACUACACCAACAACACCAGCAGCAACAACAGCAAAAUGCAGCCCUGCACAGCCUGGCAGUGACACUGGCUAUACCGGUACUGAUGCUCCCACCUGUGAAGCCAUAGCUGAGACUGCCUCCUCAUGCACAAUCACAGCCUCUAAGGUUGAUCCCAAAUUACGCACUCCUAUUAAGAUGGGCAUAGCUGCCUCUAUAACUGUGAAAAAAGACUCAGGGGAUCUCACAGAUUGUAAAACUGAAAUGUCACAGGGUCAGAUGGUGCCAGAAUACAUCAGUAUAGAGAGCCAGUGUACAGAGACUCAGUCUAGCAGACACACUGAGCCCAAGUUAGAGAGAAGAGAUUACCCUUCUGAAAACUGCAACAACAACAAUAACCUCGAGUCCUCCAGUGUCCAGGCCAACUACAUUCAGUGUGGUAGUGUGGUGUUUAAUUUGCAGUCCUCCUCUGAGCCUACCCUUCAAAAAGCUAGCAGGAUAGAAACACUGUGCUGUAGGGAUUUAGAAGAGAGAGCAGAUGUACACAACAGCAGUCAAGUGCAGGACCAAAAAAAUGAAACAGUUAAAGAAAGUGAAGUGAAGCAGCCCAAGUCAAGGCUUCCAGUUAAAGCAUCAGGGUGGUCAUUUCACACGCAGGGAACAGCCAUAGGGAAACAGAAGCCCAAACAAGCAGUGACGGUUGAGGUCAGGAAAAGAGGAGAGCCAGCCAUAGCCAAAGUAGAGCCCAGGUCUAGAAUACCAAUCAAGGAUGUUAAAAAGAGCAGCCCUGCUGCUGCAGCUAGCUCACCUGUUUCAGUUCGAGUUGCCUCACAGCCAACGAGGGCAUUGGACUCAGAGAGAGCAGCCAUACAGCUGCCCUCAAGGCUACCACUGAAGGACAGGCAUCAGGUCAGCAGUGUCACAAGUGAGGGAGCAUGUAGAAAGGACAGGCAGGAAAACCCUAGUGAAAUUUGUAAGCGCACCAUCGAAUACUUUAAAGGCAUUAGCGGGGAGACGCUAAAGUUGGUGGACCGCCUGUCAGACGAGGAGAAAAAGACGCAGACAGAGCAGUCGGAGGAAGACAGCACCUCCCGGAGCACCUCUCUGUCGGACGCCUCCCAGCCUUCCCAGCCCUCCCAGCCCUCCCGCUCAUCCAGGUCUGGUAGAGGUUCGAGGGCUGAGGCCGGGGCCGCGUCCGUAAGGGCAAAGGUGGCGACGACGGACAGGGCCUCCGGCAGUGAGAGGAGCAGGAGGAGUAGGCGGACUGGUGGGAAGGAGGGCAGUCAGGGACUCACAGGGUCUCGAACGCCUCCCAUCGCGGAGAUCAAGCCUAGUCCCCAAAGUCCUUGUGAGCGAACGGACCUACGCAUGGCUAUCGUCGCAGAUCACCUAGGACUCAGCUGGACAGAGUUGGCACGGGAGAUGAACUUCACAGUGGAUGAGAUCAACCACAUCAGACUAGAGAACCCCAACUCUCUGACAGCACAGAGCUUCAUGCUACUUAAGAAAUGGGUCACCCGAGAAGGGAAAAACGCCACAACGGAUGCCUUAACUGCAGUGCUGACCAAAGUCAAUCGGAUGGAUAUUGUGACUUUACUGGAGGGCCCAAUAUUUGACUAUGGUAACAUUUCAGGCACGAGAUGUUUUGCCGAUGAUAACGCUGUUUUCCGGGAUCAGGCUGAUGAUUAUCAGAGCAUUCUAGCGGAGCUGCAGUCCCCCGCCGCACUGCACUCUAACCCCCACUUCCUGGAGCCUGAACUCCCCAUCACCCCCAACCCCUCCCUUGCUCACCACCAACCAGAACCAGACUCCCCUUUGCUGGCCGACUCCCAGCCUCAGCCCUUGCCCUGGAGCCCGGAGAUAGAGCCAGGUAGUGGAGAGCCAGACAGCCCUCCAAGGAGCCCCCCCAGACCCUGUGAGCUCGCCUUGUCCUUCCCAGUCUUUGAACUCCCCGAUCCCGUACCCUCCAAGGUCAGAAAACCCCACAUCGCUCUGAAUGACCAGCUGCUUUUGAGCGAGGAGGAGGACAGGUCUUUUCAUGAAAUGGAGCUGAGCCACAGGCCCAAGUCACACUCCUUCCCCGCGAUGUGUGAAUUAGACACUGACCUGGCUUACUCCACAUCUUCCCCUUCACUGUCAUCAGUAUUAUCAAUAACCCCUUCAUCGCCUGACAUAGCACAAAUGGGAGACACAGGAGUGCAGAUGGGUGCCCCCAAUGGGGUACAGGAGGAUGUAGGUUUGGAAGUAGGUGAAAAGGAAGUGGCAGAAGAAAUAGUGAAGGUUGUUGAGAUGGUUGCAGCAGAGGUAGCAGAGGGAAAUGGAUUAGUGGAAAAGUGGGUAGAGCAGGAUUUGAUUAAAAACGUGGAAAGAAAAUGUGAGAUGAUAACAAAAGAUAGGUCAAAGUUGGCAGAAGAAAAUAGCAUUUCAGUUGAACAGAAGGAGGGGUCUGCAGAGGAAGAGAAAGAUGUGAUAAAUAAACAGCAAAUCCUUGUUCAAGAUGGGACUCAGGGGACAUUCUGUGAGGUGGAAGAGGUGAGACAUGUGCAGAAUCUGGCAGAAGAACAGCAUGAUUUGAUAGAACCUGUGAUUGAAGUGGAAGAAGGUUGUACCUCAGUAGAAGCAGUGACUGUCAAAGCGGAUAUUGAUGAAAAACCAGAGGUACAAAAGGUGGAUGGGGGCAGUGAGGAAGGGGUCUUUGAGGGUGACAGGAUGGAUAACACAGAUGGAGAACUGCAGCUUAAAGAUGAAGGAGAGCUGUGUGGCAGUGAGAGAGAUAUUUGCAGGACAUCAGAGGGGGACCAGGUAGCGGAGGACCAGGCUGUGGCUCGUCUCUCCCCUCAGGCCUGGGUUGAGGCACUUGGAGAACUUCAGUCCAGUGAGUCUGGAUCCAAUGAGGAAGAGGAGGAGGAACACAGAGAUAAGGAAAUCACAGAAGAGACAUGUGGAUCUCUGUUGGAGGAGGUGAAGCAAGAAGAAGGCUCAGAGGAGAAGGAGGAGGACGAAGAGAUGACCGAGGCCAGGGUUCAGGAGGUUCUUGAUCAGGUUGAACAGGCAGAAAAAGACGUGUGUUCACUUUCAGGUUGGCACAGUGAUUCAUCCAGCGUCAAUGUGGAACCACCAACGCCAGGCCGCAGUGUCAGCUCAGACCUGCUGGACAGACGGGAAAGCCAAGAGAACUCUAGCGACUCCAUCACUUCCUCAUCUAGGGGCGAAUCAGGGAGGUCCCGACAGAACGGCGACAGUUCAAAGCACUCACCUCAGGACGGCUCCUCUGAGUCAUCAAACGGCAAAAAGGAGGAAGGAGCGCUGGUGUCAGAGAAGAAAGUCCAGCAGCGGGUUAGUGUAGAUUCCGGUUCAGAGGAAGAACAGACUGUAACCACCAGAAUCUUCAGACGCCGUCUCAUUUUAAAGGGAGAAGAAGCAAAGAAUAUCCCAGGUGAGACUGUUACAGAGGAACACUACAUGGACCAAGAGGGUAACCUCGUCAGUAGAAAAGUUAUCAGGAAGGUUAUUCGGAGGGUUUCUACUCCCACACCAGAAAACCAAGGUGGUGACAGGUGGCACCGAGACCUUCAUCACAGUCCCAUUCUGAAGGAAGACGGGUCUGAGCAAGGAGAAGGGUCAAGGAAUAGCAGGCGAAAGGAUGACAGAAGGUCAGGGGAUAAGAAGCUCCACUCAUAGGGAUGGUUGUGCUCUACCAGAUGUACAGGAGCCGAGUUAGAUGUCUCCUGGGACUAAGUGUUCAGAGGGCUGAAGAGUUGCAGUGCGAGGACUUCAGGCAAGGGUCCAGUCUGCAACUGUCCGCUACAAACAAAUGGUUUUCUCGUUGAGAGGAGUCGACCCUUCUGACUUACGCAUGAGCAUGAAAAACUCACUCUCUGUCAAUCAAAAGACCCGGGAGGGUUCUCACUCUCUGACUGCGGUGGACCCGUGGACAAUGAUUCUGCUUCCUGUUUUGUGUGAAACAAAUACGUGCCAUCGGUCCACCGGUGAUGUGAGAGCUUUUUUUGAGGAGCGUCGUUUGUUGUGAGAACGAAAAAGACUCCCAUUACUGACAACCAACACAGGUGCAACUGUGACCAAAGAUGGCACAAAAGCUCAAUCCACGUGGUGGGUGGAAGGAAUGAAGUAGACACAAUAACACACAAAAAAAUCUAAUGGAACACUUCUGAUUCAACUUCAACACUCGCCUUAUAGUUUUUUCUUGAACCCAUUGUUGUCAGGAUGUAAAUUGUUUUGGGAUUUUUUUCUUCCUUUUUAAAACUUAAACUAACACAAAAGCUUUUUUUCUGUAUAUAAAAUUACAACGUGUAAAAUUCUUAAAAAAGGGUAAGCUACUGGUCGAGAAUGCACUGAGGAGAGUAACCUUUUCAAGUGUUUUCAAAAUUUAUUGAAACGGUUCCACUUUUAAAGAUUUGAGUGUAACUUCACAGGUUCUUGUAUAAUUAAUUACUAGAGCAAGUAUAAUGUUUGUACAUGAAAAAAAUAGCUGGUUUGAUUUUAACAGAGGAAAUUUCCAGAAAAUCAAAUUUCAGUAAUUCCCAAAGUGGGAGUGGAUCUAAUCCUGCAAAAAAGCAGCCUUUCAGAGUACUCAUAUUUUCAUGCAUGCUGUUCACAUUAUUAUUUUAAGUACAAUUUUUACAAGUUUGCAAACACUGUAUUCAAAUGACAAAUAAAACCCUUUAUCUGUGUACACAUAUAGCCCAAACAUUUGUCACUGAUUUUAUAUUUUAAAUUGAAAAAGGAUACCAUUAAAGCAUUUAUCAUGUUGGGAUGAGGAUGAAAAAAAGUUCUAUAGCUUCUUGAGGGUGUGAUGUCUUGUCUGUCUAUGUAAAACCGGAGGGCAGCUUCUGCUACAAGAACGAAAUAAUCUGAAUGUAAAUGCUAGUAGGCUGGCUCGCUGUAAAAUUAUAACUGUAUUGUGCGUAUUGGCUAUAAGGUGUAGGAGUCUCUGUACACUGUUAGACUGUUUGUAAUCAUUUUAGCAGUGUGUCAAUUUGGUUUUCUAACGGCUGCUGUGGUAUUAAAGGAAAACGGGGCAUUUCAUUUUGGAUUUUUUUUUAUUUUAAUUUUUUCUUUGGUGAAGUAUUUCCUUAAUUCAAAAUCUACUCACAUUAAGGACACAUAAAGACAUUAUUUGAUUGUAGCUCUAAAUAGCAUAUUGUAUGACAAAAACACUGGAUGGUCAAAAACAAUUAUUUAAGCAUUAAAUAAAUUGUGUUUAACUCUGAAACUGUGUGAUCUUUUUAGGCUUGAGAGUCUGUAUAUGCAGUGUCGAAUAGAAUUGUUUUCACUAGCUCAUUGGAAAAAAAUUUACUUUACAUUACAUUAGGAAUUAUCUUUGUAUUGGUUUUCAUUAGAUGCCCAUGUAGUUCAAGUGUGGUGUUCUACUGGUACGAUGGCUCAGUAUGCUGAUGUCUAUGCUGUGGACAUGAAAACUAUGUAACUGUUUUUUUUGGGGGGGUGGGUUAAAGGAAGUCAGGUAGGGUGCUGUACCACAUCCCCUUAUACUACUAUGUCAAUCAAGGGGUAGAGGAUCCUUUGAUAUGGUUGAACUAUCAAUUUUGUCAAUUUUGUUUGAUAUGUGUUUUCACCUGAGCAGAUUUUUUGAUGUACAAUUCUUACUAACAGCGUGAAGCCAUUGAAAUGUAACUAUUCUAGCACUUUGGUUAUUCAAGGUCUUUUAGAGGCUAUAGCAGCAAUGAUGCCACCACAAAUGUUUCAGAUGUCUUUAAAAAAAAAAAAAAAACAACCAAAAAAUAAGAAAAAAAGAAAUAAAAAUGCAUUGAUUUCGCAGUACAA